UUUUCUCAUCUGGAAUCUCAUCCAUAUAUAUAAUUAAUUUCUUAUAUUAUCUAAUUUUUAUCCUAAGAGAACUGUGCUGUUCUUAGAAUUUUCCGCUAGAUGGAUGAUUCAAUUAUAAAUUUGAUUGUAUUUGGAGUUGUGUCAUGGACGACAUUAUUUUUAUUGACAAGAAAGUUGUUCCCAAAUCGUUCUUUCGAUUUUUGCAAUCGUUUGGUAUCAACAGUUCAUGCAAUUUUAGCAGUAACUUUAGCUUCUCUUUCUGUUCAAGAUUGGAGUUGCCCAAUUUGUCCUUUGGCUUCAAGAUCUUCUCACAAGCAGAUGAAGGCACUAGCAGUGACAGUGGCAUACCUUAUUUAUGAUUUUGUAUGUUGCCUUUUUGACAAGCAAGUGAAGAUUGAUAACUUAAUUCACCAUGUGGUGAGUGGUGUUGGACUUGGAGCUGGGCUUGCUUAUGAAUGGUGUGGUUCAGAAAUGGUAGCAGCAUUGUGGUUGACAGAGAUUUCCAGUCCAUUUCUACACUUGAGGGAGAUUCUCAAAGAGCUUGGAUAUAAAGACACUGAUAUUAAUCUUGCAGCUGAUGUUUUAUUUGCAGUGAUUUUCAGCAUUGCUAGGAUGAUAGGGGGCCCAUAUCUAACCUAUGUGACUCUAUCUGCUGAUAAUCCAAUCCUCAUUAAGGCCAUGGCUUUCGGACUGCUACUUGUUAGUGCCUUCUGGUUCUAUAAGAUUGCUAGGAUGAUCAUGUAUAAAUUUUCUAGGAGAGCUAAAGUUAAAAUUGCUCCUUCAAAUUUUUAAUUUGCUGAUAAUUUUUGUUAUGCGGCAAAUCAAAUUCUUCUGUAUCGAACAUUUGUAGCCUUUGAGGAGAAAUUAAAAAGGUUCAUUACGUUUCCAAGAA